AUGAUCCAGAAACUGAUUGACGCCGGUGACCUCAAGCAGUACGUUCAGAAGGCAGAAGUCAAUGACAGGGAAAAACGAAGUAAGCAAGUCCAACUACCUGAGGGAAACCGAACACUCAAUACCAUUUCCUGCUCCGAAUCCAACGGACCCUCUCUAACUGCCCAGGUAGGAAAGAGAUUAAGAAAGCAAUUCGUGGACUACUACGAACUGUACAAGAUCGACGGGUUCGAAUUUGCUGAGCACGAAGAAUGGAUGAACGCACCAAUGACAUUUAACGCUGAGGAUAUCGAAGAAGACAUGGAGGACCACAACGAUCCACUAGUUCUCACUUUUCCAAUAGCGGGAUGUAACGUCAAGAAGAUCCUGAUCGACGGUGGAAGCUCCGUCAAAGUUAUUUUUUACGAUACAUUCAAACAGAUGGAAUUGAAUGAUGAACAACUAAUGUCCUCUUAUUAUACCAUCUAUGGAUUCAAAGGUGCACCUACGAAGCCUCUAGGGGACAUAAUGUUAGAAGUCAAGGCAGGACCAAUGAAGGUUGAGACUCGGUUCAGCAUGGUGGAUGCUCCUUCUCCUUACAAUGCCAUCACCGGAAGAAGGUGGGUUAACAAACUCAAAGGAGUAGCAGCAACGUAUCACUAA